AUGGGCGCGGGUGGGAGCUCUGGCGGACGCGGCCCGUGCUGGAACGGCUGGUGCGAUAACGGUUGCAACAACAAGGGAUGCGAGGCGUGCCUCCGGCGCUGGUGCCCGAGCACAGAGUGGUGCCCGCGGAAGUGCGUGCUCUGCUCCACCGAGUGCUGCGACGGCUUCUGCAAGUACGAGAUCGGCUGCUGCCAGCCUCCGCCGCCGCCGCCGCCUUGGAUGGAGGCCUUUGGGACGCCGCCGUGGCUCUUCACGCGGCUGUGCGGCGACCGCGUCGCCGCCGCCACCCUCGUCCUCUUCCGCCUCUCCCUGUUCGUCGUGUGGGCCGCGGUUGUGCUCUGGUCGGCGACCGACAAACUCGGCACCUACUACGGCGACCAAUGGGGCAUCUACCUCACCAACUGGUCGAGCGUCUGGCUGCUCAUCUACCUCUUUUUCGCAUCGCUCACCACCUGCCUCGCGGUCGCGAAGAAGCAGCCCUGCUCAGGCUGCACGACCACGCCGUGGUACGCUCACAUCGCUUGGCUAAUGCAUAUGACCGCCGUCGUGUUUCCCAUCCUCGUCACCGUCUGUUACGGGUACAUGACGGGACCGGACGACGGUCCGUACAGUUGUCCGAACAACGAUCCUCCCUCUGGGGGGUUUCCCGAAGGGGUCGUCGGCACUGACAACACCAACAACGACGCCGAUCCUCCGAACACGCCGGACAAGACGGACGACUGCGGGCUACGGUAUGACUAUCUCCGAAAUACCUAUUUAGAGUCCUUCGUGGCGCCGUACAAGAUUCCGGCCGACCUGCACGGGUGGAUCAUGUUGGUCGCGCUCCUCGACUGGUGCGUGCACAAGCACUGGUACCCGAUCUGGGACAUGGCCUUCCCGCUCUCCUUUGGCGCCACCUACAUCGUCUUCACGCUCAUGUACCAGCAGCGGACCGAGCUCGUCAUCUACCCGAAAAUUAACUGGCGCGACGGCGACGAGGGCGCGGCCGCGGGGGUGGCGCUGGUGAUCAUCCUCACCAUCGUCCCGCUCAUCUACGCCGUCCUGGCCCUGUGCGACCUCCUCUUCAAGCAGUGGAAGUGGCUGGAGGUCCUGCGCUCCAUCCGCGACUUUUUCUGGCGGCUCUGGACCAGCCCCUGCUGCCCUCCCCCAGAGGAUCUCGAGCGGGGCGAGCCCAUCGACGUCGAGUGCCAAACGGACGGCAACCCGCUGGUCGACCCAACCAAGUCGACCCUCAGCAGGCAGGACAUCCGCGAGGCCUUUGAGCUCUUCGACAAGGACGGCUCGGGUGCCCUGUCGCUGGCCGAGCUGCAGGACGCUCUCGCGAAGCUCGAGGUCGACGGAGACGCGCGCCCCGUGCUCAAGCGGUUUGAUGCCGACGGGGACGGCACGCUCGGGCUCGAGGAGUUUGAGGAGCUCGUGGUGGAGCUCGUCCGCCUCCGCCACGACGACGCGGACGACCGCGGCUCGAUGCGGAAGAGCCGCGCGUCCGAGGCGGCGCGCCUCUCCUCGAGCGGCUCUCCCAGACGCGCCGCGCGCGCCUCGCGCUGGAGCCACGCCUCGCGCACCUCGCGCAACUCGCUGCGCCGCAACUCUCGAGCCCGCGUCUCGGGCGUGGACACUGCUGCGCUGCUCUCUGACGCCGAGGCCAACGUGUGAGGACGGAGGGCAUCGGGUCGCGCUCCGCGGUCCCAUCGGACGCGGCGGAAGCUGCAGGCUCCCCACGCUGGCGACUCUUGAAUGCACCGCGCGGUGUGGAAUAUCCCGUAUUCAUGGCCCCCAGCCGCGCCGCUCGUGCUAGUGUGUGUGUGUGGGGGGGAGGGGUGGUGGAAGGGGCGUUCGCAUGUUUCUCCGGUGUUGACGGGGGGAAGUGGAGAGAGGUGAGCUGUGAAGUAUAAGUCUGCUUUCAGGGCGAAA